CAAACUAAUAGAAAGGAGGAUAUUCUACAUCAUAUGUGCCUCUGGAUAUAGCACUUACUACUCCAAGGUGGCCAAGGAUCUUUCUACCAAAUUACAGCAACAACAGGACUGGGUCAAAUCUCAGAAAGUCAGCAGACAAAUUGAAGAACAUGGUUUGGUCAAGAAUAAACUUGAUGAGCAAAUGACUGAAUCUGAAGGUAACUUUAGCAUUGAAAACCAACUGAUCACGGACGAUGUGAACAAUGAAGCAGGUAAUGACCUGAUUGUCAAGUUGGACUUAGCUAAAGCCAAGCUGGAUGGAAUUAGACAAAUGAAAGCGAAACUUGUCACAGAUAAUGGCAAGAUCAAGAAGUCUAUUGAGCAAGCAAACUGCAGAGCAAACCAUUUUAAGGUGACUUGCUUAUUAAACUUCAUGCAUACAAGUGUGUGCUUGUUUUCAAGCGGCCAUAUUUUACAACCAGAGCUAUUGGAAAUAAGCACAAUGACCCUGGAAGAGAAAUACAAAAAGCUUCUGUCAGACAAAGAUAGAGAAACUGAGUAUCUUUGCUCAGUGCGGACCAUGUUGAAGAAAUAA